AUGACCAAGCCACAGUUUCUCGCUGCUCUGGAGAAAGAUGGCUAUGUCGUAGUUCCCAGCGUCAUCGCCAAAGAAUCUUGUGAUCAAUUCGUCGAGGACGCUUGGAAGUGGCUAGAGUCAUUCCCCCACGGCUUCAAACGAGAUGAUCGGAGUACAUGGACCGCAGAGCACCUCCCUUCCGGACACCAGAAAGGCCUCUACAAUCGGUACUCAGUCAAUCACGAAGCCUUUGUCUGGAAAAUUCGAACCGAGCCUGGUCUUAUCAACGCAUUUGAGAACGUUUGGGAAACAGAUGACUUGAUUGUCUCCUUCGAUGGCAUGAAUGUCUCUUUGCCUGUUAAUCAGAAGACUGGCAGAACGGACAUCCAGCAGAGCGAACCGUGGCCUCACAUUGAUCAAGAUCCGCGUACUAUCGAGAAGCUCGAGCUGUACCAGGGCAUUGCUCAGAUGUCUCCAUGUGGUCCAGACGAUGGUGGGCUUGUUGUAUUGUCCGGCUCGCACAGACUUCACGAACAGCAGUUCCAAGAAAUCGGUGGCUUUAGGCCAGACAGUGACCUGGGGGUUGGAAAGAAUGGAUACAAUUACACUUCCGAAGACGCUGACUGGUAUCGUGCCAAAGGCUGCAAUGAAGUCAAGGUCUGCGCCAAUGCAGGCGACUUGAUUCUCUGGGACAGUCGUACGAUUCACUGGAAUCAGAACCCGACCGGCGAGCAAACAAGAUUCAUAUCCUAUGUCUGUUAUUGUCCGCGCAGUCGCAUGUCCGAGGGCGAUCUACAGAGGAAACAGGAGGUCUUCAAUGCUAGGAAAGGCACUACGCACUGGCCGAACAUGAAUGUGGUCCCAGCGGAUACUCCGGAUUACUUCUACGCCAAGCCACGACGACCAGACGAUACUCUCGACCCAGCAAACCGAGAACGACCCUUGUGGGAGCCCGAGGUAACACCAGCUGUGCUAAGGUUGGUUGGUGUGCGAAAUUGA